GGUGUCGCUUCAUCUCUUGCCAUCCUUCGUCGAUGAACUUCGGCGACCACCUGCCGCUUCCGACCCAGUGCCACGCAAUGAAGACAUCGUUCUGGCCAGGCAACUGGAAAAGCUGAAGCCCGACAAAUUGAACUUGCAUUUGUUGCUCUGGAAAGAAGACUGCAGGGGUUGCGAGACGCUGUCCUUCGGUACGCGGUCGUUUGCAGCCAACGACUCCACAAUGGCCAGCUGCCGCAGCAUAU